AUGGCUGAACGACGCAGCACGCGCAAUCGCUCGACAAACGCUUCGAGCUCGACUGCUUCUGCUGCCACAUAUGGCUACCACAACACCUACCACACACACGCCCAGUUACCCAUCGGAUCACCGCCCUCGUAUUCUCGCGCAAUCGACCCUGAGACCCUUCGCCUACUCGAUGAAAGGACCCGGACAGAGAAAGAGGCUGUUCGCAACAUGUCAGCCCCUCCCCCAUACACUUGCACUGUCGAGAUUGGGGGCAUUGUCGGCAUCAAGCAAGAACUAUCUUCACCCUUCCAGGUUUCAGGACAUCGCGAAUGGCACGAUGUAUAUGCCAUACUGCGAGGCACACAAUUGAGCCUGUACCGUAUAAAGAAUCCGCGUCUCCUCAGCAAGAACAAGCAACCGACGCCAGGAAGAUUACUGCGCACAUAUUCUUUGCAACACGCCGAAGUUGGCGUAGCUGCUGACUUCAAGAAGACGGCCCUAGUACCCAAGUCACCAUUUGCACACCUAGUCCCGGCUGUUGCUCGGCCAAAGUUGUACGAAAGCGACCCACAGCUGUUUGAGCCGGUACGAGAACACGCACUUCGCCUGCGUCUUGAAUUUGAGCAGUUCCUAUUGUGUCCUUCGACCCAUGAAGGCAUGCUUGACUGGAUAGAGUCCUUCUGCGCGGCUGUCGACAUUAGUCUACCAUUGGAAGACCGUAGCGAGCCCCGCUAUCGAAGUUUGCCACGGAGAAGUCGGCGCCAAAGGAUUCUGGAAAAUGUGCAGUUUGCCGAGAACAUUGAAAGUUUGACGAGUCUAGAAGCUGGUCGCCGCAUCGUUGCACAACAAGAACAGAUCAUCCGCCAACUUUACCCCCACCUAGCCGGAACCCGAGACACGGGCUCAACCCAACCAUCACCCGCGGGUGAUGCGGAAAUUGAAGAAUUUGACCCGGAAGAUGUUCGCUUUCCUGCAAGAGUGGCAAGAGAUUCUUUAGUGCGCAUGUCCUCUCAAGAUUCCGAACUCCGCGAGGAUGACUCAUCCGAGAGUACAUCUCCUUCGGACCCAAAGUCGACACCAGCAACACGCCCCUCGUCUGCACAGACUUUGCGAUACCGCCGUCGCUGUGCGCCUGUCCUGCUCGCUUCGUCUCCGCGCGUAAGCGAUGUAGUCUUUGGCAAAGGUCAACGGUUUCGUAUCAGCAUCAAGGCGCACAUGCUUGUGGAAUACACCUCCCACCCUCCACGUUACGACGCACACGGCUUCUCGAGGUCCAAGCGUUCUCCACACACCCCAAUACGCCCCAACUCAGCAACGCGCGUCGCAGAAAAGACUGCCCCUGAGAAUGUUACUCCAGAUAGGCCGAGUUCGCCAAUGCGUGGCGUCAGUGAUGACUCCAUUACCUCCAUCUCGUUUGGCAAGGACCUGGCCACUGUGCCCUCCAAGUCAAACCCUGAUGAGACGGGACAAUCAGGGCCGCCAUCUCCAACGACCGAGUCGCACACAAAAGUAGACGCGGCAAGCCAAAUGGAGGCCAUUGGUAAAACAAGGCACAGUGUGGAUAGUCGUGAGAAUGACUUGAAUACUGUUGCACUUGGCGUAACCUUGCUCAUUUGA